AUGUCACAAUAUCCAGCUCAGUCUGAGCGCCUUUGGCUAGAGCCAUUGGCCGUAGAUAAACAUCUCGAUGGCUAUCACGAAAUGAUAUCUGAUCCGCGAGUUCAGUCAUGGACAAAACCAACCGAGUCAAUCGCCGAGAGUAAAGCAUACUUGGUCGAAAGAACGCCAAAUCCUGAAAAGCCAUGGAUUGAAAAUUAUGCAAUUUUACUCCGCCCAUCAUCACCUGCCUCCGUCGACAAGAAGCCUAGACUUAUUGGCGCACUCGGAAUGAUAAGAUUCGAGGCUGGACAUGGUGCUGAGGUGGGUUAUGGGUUACAUCCCGGAUACCACGGCAAAGGAUAUGCCACCGAGGCCAUGAAAUUGUUCUUAGGAUUAUAUUGGAGCAAAGAAAGAAAGGGAGACUGGAACACGUUGGUAGCUGCUAUAGACCCAGAGAACACUUCUAGUCAGAGAGUAGUAGAGAAGGUAGGCUUUAAAGAAGGAAAUCUUCAAGAGGAGCAAUACGAACUAUGGACUAAAGGUGGCAAGGAGAAGAAGCUCAUACAUUCUUAUUACUCAUCCGUGAGUUCCGAACGUCUACUGCUUGAACCUCUCAAUCUUGACAAGCACCUUCAUGAGUGCCAUGAAAUCUUAUCCGAGCCUCGUGUCGCAGAAUGGUCAACCCGAGCACCACAUGUCAAUCUCGAGCAAACAAAAGAGAGGAUCGUAGAAAGUAUGUCUAGCGUCCAAUUCCAACUGUGGGCAAUCAUGAUUCCGACUACAUCACCUUCUCUCAUAGCUGUGGAGGAUGAGAGGGGAGGGCGAAAGACGAAAAUGAUUGGUAUCAUCGGGACAUCUCAUACACCAGCGAAUGUGGGAUACAAGAUCCACCUCGAUUAUUGGGAAAAGAGGUUCCUGCCGCAAAUCGCAGCUGCUUACACUCCAGGCAAUUAUGGUAGUGCGAGAGUGCUCGAGAAAGUGGGCUUCAAAAAUGGACAACUACUACGUGAAAGGAUUGAGCUGUGGUCUAAUCGUGGUCAGGAUCGGAAAAGUGAUAUUCAGUGCAUGUACAUAGAUCGUCCCCAAACUACUGAGCAAUAA